GCCUCCCCCUCCGGAACCCGCAUGCGUGCUGAAGUCUACCGCCUCCAUCCACGCAUGCUCCGCCCGGCGCGCGCGUUCGGUUCUCGCGCUUCCAGCCCUCAGCGCAUGCGCAGGAACAGCAGCCUGAGGGACCUGAUCUCAGCUUGGCCCCGCAUUGCCUCCUUCUCCUCCUCUUCCUCCUUCAGGCCAGCUUUCCUUAGGGGCCCGGACGCCGAGGCCAGUUUCGGAGUAGGGGGUGCCCACUUUCUCUCCCACGUUCCUGGCCCCCAGACGCCAUUUACAGGCGGGUGGCUGGGGUCAGCCUCGCCGCCCCCACCCGACUCCCGUCACGGGAGAGCCCACACCGCGCCCCGAGAACCAAUCAGCAGCCGCCUUAGGUGACCAUGUCUGAGUCUGGACAUAGUCAGCCUGGACUCUAUGGGAUAGAGCGGCGGCGACGGUGGAAGGAGCCUGGCUCUGGUGGCCCCCAGAAUCUCUCUGGGCCUGGUGGUCGGGAGAGGGACUACAUUGCACCAUGGGAAAGAGAGAGACGGGAUGCCAGUGAAGAGACAAGCACUUCCGUCAUGCAGAAAACCCCCAUCAUCCUCUCAAAACCUCCAGCAGAGCGGUCAAAGCAGCCACCACCUCCAACAGCCCCUGCUGCUCCGCCUGCUCCAGCCCCUCUGGAGAAGCCCAUCGUCCUCAUGAAGCCACGGGAGGAGGGGAAGGGGCCUGUGGCCGUGACAGGUGCCUCUACCCCUGAGGGCACCGCCCCACCACCCCCUGCAGCCCCUGCGCCACCCAAGGGGGAGAAGGAGGGGCAGAGACCCACACAGCCUGUGUACCAGAUCCAGAACCGGGGCAUGGGGACUGCCGCCCCAGCAGCCAUGGACCCUGUGGUGGGCCAGGCCAAACUGCUGCCCCCAGAGCGCAUGAAGCACAGCAUCAAGUUGGUGGAUGACCAGAUGAAUUGGUGUGAUAGUGCCAUUGAGUACCUGUUGGAUCAGACUGAUGUGUUGGUGGUUGGUGUCCUGGGGCUCCAGGGGACGGGCAAGUCCAUGGUGAUGUCGUUGUUGUCAGCCAACACUCCAGAGGAAGACCAGAGGGCUUAUGUUUUCCGGGCCCAGAGCGCUGAAAUGAAGGAACGAGGGGGCAACCAGACCAGUGGCAUCGACUUCUUUAUUACCCAAGAACGGAUUGUUUUCCUGGACACCCAGCCCAUCCUGAGCCCUUCUAUCCUAGACCAUCUCAUCAAUAAUGACCGCAAACUGCCUCCAGAGUACAACCUUCCCCACACUUACGUUGAGAUGCAGUCACUCCAGAUUGCUGCCUUCCUUUUCACGGUCUGCCACGUGGUGAUUGUCGUCCAGGACUGGUUCACAGACCUCAGUCUCUACAGCUUUCAUCAGAAUCUCAAAGGAAGCCCCUGUCCCAGGCUGUGGGACUUGGGGUGCAAGUGCAAGAGGAACAGCCACUCACCCCAAACCCCAAGGUUCCUGCAGACAGCAGAGAUGGUGAAGCCCUCCACCCCAUCCCCCAGCCACGAGUCCAGCAGCUCAUCAGGCUCCGAUGAAGGCACCGAGUAUUACCCCCACCUGGUCUUCUUGCAGAACAAAGCUCGCCGAGAGGACUUCUGUCCUCGGAAGCUGCAGCAGAUGCAUCUGAUGAUCGACCAGCUCAUGGCCCACUCCCACCUGCGUUACAAGGGGACUCUGUCCAUGUUACAAUGCAAUGUCUUCCCGGGGCUUCCACCUGACUUCCUGGACUCUGAGGUCAACUUAUUCCUGGUACCCUUCAUGGACAGUGAAGCAGAGAGUGAAAACCCACCAAGAGCAGGGCCUAGUUCCAGCCCACUCUUCUCCCUGCUGCCUGGGUAUCGUGGCCACCCCAGUUUCCAGUCCUUGGUAAGCAAGCUCCGGAGCCAAGUGAUGUCCAUGGCCCGGCCACAGCUGUCACACACAAUCCUCACCGAGAAGAACUGGUUCCACUAUGCUGCCCGGAUCUGGGAUGGGGUGAAAAAGUCCUCUGCUUUGGCGGAGUACAGCCGCCUGCUGGCCUGAGGCCAAGGAGAGGAAUGUCACGCAGGGGACCUCCUGGGUCCCCAGUGGACGGCGAGGGAGCACAAACGUCCAUCCCCCACCGGGGUGGAGAGCAGCAACAGGCCUGAUGGAUGAGGGAUUGUGGCUUCCCGGCCCAGAGACAUGAGGUGUCCAGGGCCAGGUCCCCUACCCUCAGUUGGGGGCUGUUCAGGGGGUGACUGUGAGCGAUUCCCCCCACCCCAACCUGAGAUGGGGCGGCCCAUCCUACGUCCUCCACAAGGACAAGCAGUGGGAGGAGUCUGAAUGGGCACCAGGAAGCCCUGGCCCCUGGAGAGCUCUUUAUUGGAGCAGAUCUGGUGGUUCAAAUAAACACAGUCAUGCAAGC